CCGGAACCUUUCAUCCCAACACAACCACCACAUUCAUCAUCGGAUACAUCUACCUCGAGCCGAACGCACAACUAGGCUGAGAUUCGUGAACCCAUGGCAUGAAUUCGCUCUUGCUUGACCGGUCCUUGGGCAACCUCGGGCCCAAUGCAUUCGCCAGGAUCCAGACGACGAAGCUGCUGAGCUCUUUCUCACCAGCCCCACGCUUCCGUUUCGACGACGGCGAGCGCGCGGCCGGCCAGCCAAGCAGCAGCAGCGCAUCCUCACAGGCCCAAGUUCCCAGUCAUGGAGGUGAUACCGCGAGGGCUUCUGUCUGGGCGCAUCAGGCUGGUGUCAGUGCCUUGGCCUUGGAGCGGUUCGAUGGCCGGAUACUAAUAUCCGGCGGCUCAGAUGCGACCAUCAAGAUCUGGGAUCUCGAGCAGUGUCCGAAUCCAUGGCAGUCUCACGCCUACCACCCCGUUGCCGUGAUUCCUCGGGCCAGGACCGACCCGUCCGCUCCCGGCCCCGGCCCCGGCCCCAGCCCCCGCCCAAGCUCUACGCAAGGUCACCGGUUCGGCGUCACCGGUCUGUCCUUCUACCCCUUUGACAGCGCCGCGUUUCUGUCGUGCUCUUACGAUCAGACGCUGAAGCUGUGGUCCACCGAGCGAGCAUCUCUCUCCGGUUCCUUCGACCUCGGCGCGAAGGCCUACACACACGCCACCUCUCCGAUAGCCUCCCACCUGCUCGUCGCCUGCGGGACACAGCACCCCGCCGUGCGCCUCGUCGAUCUGCGCUCUGCAGCUGCCGUCCAGUCGCUCGUGUCGCCCGGUCAAAUCGGGAGUUCCGCGGGCGCCACUCUGGCUGUCGCCUGGUCACCAGCUCAUGAGCACGUGCUUGCGUCGGGCGCGGUGGACGGUGCGGUGCGCAUCUGGGACGUGAGGAAGGCCAACGCGCUGGUUGACUUGCUUGACCAGGAGGACAUCGUCGGCCUCCCCCCUACCGAUCCCCAAACGACCCGCCACCCGCGCCUGUCCGCCAAAGCGCACGACGGCCCCGUCAACGGCCUCACCUGGACCGACGACGGCGCCUACCUCGUAUCCGCGAGCUACGAUCGCCGAGUGCGUGUCUGGGACGCCGCGACGGGCGCCAACACGCUUGCAGACUUUGGCCCGACCAUCCGAAACGGUCAACUGGGCACCUUGACCAUGUUUGUCUCGCCCACCGGUCUCACGCCGCCAGGGAGUGAGCGUCUGUUCUUCCCAAACGAGACAGAAAUCUUGGUGAUGGACCUACAUGAGGGGUCCAUGGUCACGAGACUGCGCAGCAUAGGACCGGUGCUGGCUUCUGUCGGGACGCAGGGAAGGGGCGAGAGGGCUGUGAGGAAUCGGGUCACCAGCAUUGUGUGGAGAGGAUCUGGCGGCGGCGGCGGCGGCAGCGGUGUAGUCAUGGGAGGCAGCAAUUUCCCUGGUGCCAUCUACAGCGGGCACUUGGAUGGGCAGAUCCGAGCUUGGGUCCCACAACUGGAGGGUGCGGAAGAUGAAGUGGAUGAUAAUAUGUCACAAGAUGCGGACGUGGUCGGAGCCAGGAAGCGGAAGGCUCUAGACGAUGCAUUCCGGAGUUUAAUGGGCAAACGGACCACUUUCUCUUGAGCCUUGUGAUAAACCAAAUGGCAGGUAAGUAAGAUGUCUGAGGGGCCACAUGAAGACCAGCAAAGUUCACAGUUGUAAGGGUUUAAAAAUG